UCGUCACAUGUCAUUAAAGCGGCAACCCUCAAAAGAGUGGCAUUAAAUGUAACACCAUUCUACUAUUUGACGUCACUGGACGUCAUAAAGCCAAAGAAGAGUGCAAAAGGUUGACAAAGUAAAUGGUACCAACGGCCGCUGGCGGAAGACAACACAAGUCGUCGCGGCUAGUUGUCAUCUAGCGCCGUUUGUUGAAGGCGCACUCUCUCUCAAGAGGAAGCAGACAAGGAGGCCGAGUUCAUAUUGUGGUGAAGCGAGCACAGGAGAGGACCAUGGCUGACAAUAAGAUGGGUCCGAACCUGCAGACCGGAGCCGGGUUCCUGGCUAAAAGGGUACAGAAGUCACUGAACCGCGUGCAGGAGAAGGUCCUUCAAAAACUGGGCAAAACCAUGGAGACCAAGGAUGAACAUUUUGAGCUGUGUACGCAGAACCUGACCAAACAACAGAUGGAUGGAAUUAGGCUGCUUAAGGAUGUCAGGGCCUACUACGCAGCGGUGAAAGCUGUACACGAGACGUCCAAGCGAAUGUCUCAGACGUUGCGAGACGUCUACGAACCUGACUGGGAUGGAGUGGAGGACCUUGCAGUCAUUAUAGGGAGUGAAGACUUGCUGUGGAACGACUUUGAGGAGAAACUGAAUGACCAGGUUGUGCGGACUAUGGACAACUAUACAGGCCAGUUUCCCGAAGUCAAGGAAUGUGUUGCUAAACGCGGUCGAAAGCUGGUGGACUACGAUUCUGCACGUCACCACCUUGAGGCGCUGCAGAGUGCCAAGAAAAAGGAUGAGGGAAAAAUUGCUAAGGCAGAGGAGGAGUUCAACAAAGCCCAGAGUGUUUUUGAAGAGAUAAAUAACGAGUUGAGGGAGGAGCUGCCUCUUCUCUAUCAGAGCCGCAUCGGUUGCUACGGGACGGUGUUCCAAAACAUCUCUAAUCUGAGGGAUGUUUUCUAUAAAGAGAUGAGUGUGCUUAACCAGGAUUUGUACAACGUGAUGAAAAAAAUCGAGAAUCAACACUCUGGGAAAGCUUUCAUCAUAAAGGGCCUGAGCAGCGCGUCGGGGAAGUCAAAGAAGAGAAAGUCCUUGGACAUCUCCAAUCCAAUCCCUUGCAACACAGCUUUCCCAGCCGAUCACGUCUCAGUGCAUUUGUCGAGCCAAGAGGGGAAAAAUGCUCUACCGUCCUCGCCCGGCCUACACACGCCAAACUUUGGCGAGAUGCCGUUAACAGAAGAAGCGGAGGAGAGCGACGCCUCUCUCAAAGCGGCACACUCCACGGACUCGGACCUCAGCUCCAGUGGCACCAACUCCGUCAAGAGACAGUCGGCGUGCGCCAGCGACAGAAGCACGGCCAGCGAGAGCCCAGAGGAGGCGGAGGCCGAGCUCUCCACGAACCACUCGGACGACUCCGGCCUGGAGGUCCCAAAAUCGGAUGCCGCCGCUCAGGAAACCUGCGGCCCCUCUGAUUGUGCCAGCAGUGAAGCGCCCGAGCAGGAGGACGGCGCCAUUGUGCUGGCGUCAGAUGACAACAAGGCCAAAAGUGCCCCGGUUCCUGCUCCCCGUGUCUCAGUCCAGUUGGAGAAACUUCCCUUGCUGACCACCAAGGAGGAGCAGGAGAGCGAGGGCGCGUCUGACAUCACCGCUGGCUCAGGAGAUGAUUGUCUGUGCCACUACCCAGCUGACUUUCUCUACAAGGGGGUGGCGCUAGAGAGCCACGCAGCGUCUGAAGGGGGAGAGCUCCAGUUUGAGCAGGGAGACAUCAUCCUGGUGCUCGCUGGGGGAGAAAAGGAAGGUCUGCUAAAGGGGGUCAGGGAGGAGAGCUGGAAACUGCACAUGGAUUCUGAAAAUCACUGUGGGACUUUCUCCGAAGACCUCAUCGAGCCGGUUGCGUCAGAGAUACUCUAAAAUGUGAUUCCUCCCACAGACAGCUGGUGACACACACAAACACACACAAGCCCACCAUUUCACACGCAGAAAGUCUAAACUUGUUUUGGGUGUGGAAGCUAAACAAACACAUCACCAGUUUGCUCCCACGUCGUGGUGCAACAGACCAGACUGAGAACUGAAUUUUGCAAGCGCUACAUUUUAUAGUACGGUAUUUUGAAUGCAACUUUUUUUUAUAUUCUUCCCUAAAGAAAUACUGUGAAACACUUUUUUUAAUGAGUUCUGUCAGAUUUCCCAAUAAAGUCCAGGUUAUUAA